UUGUAAAGAUGGGUUCGUUGUUUAAAACAGAUUUCUGUGAGCCUUUCGGCAAAUCCUGAACACUGCACAGUGUGGAGACUGGAUGUGGCCAUCUGAGGCUGCGGCUCUGGCAUGGAGCUCUACCCAAGCACCCUGCAGCCUGCAGCCCACAACAGCACCACUCCGGAACCCAACCUGUCCCACCCAUUCCACAGCACCAGCCUUGGGAACCAAACUGGGGACCUAUCCGAGCACCAACAGUAUGUGAUUGGCCUCUUCCUCUCGUGCCUGUAUACCAUCUUCCUCUUCCCCAUUGGUUUUGUGGGCAACAUCCUGAUUCUGGUGGUGAACAUCAGUUUCCGCGAGAAGAUGACAAUCCCCGACCUGUACUUCAUCAACCUAGCAGUGGCAGAUCUCAUCCUGGUGGCGGACUCCCUGAUCGAGGUGUUCAACCUGGACGAGCAGUACUAUGACAUCACUGUCCUGUGCACCUUCAUGUCCCUCUUCCUGCAGAUCAACAUGUACAGCAGCGUCUUCUUCCUCACCUGGAUGAGCUUUGACCGCUACAUCGCACUGGCCAGAGCCAUGCGCGCCGGCCUGUUCCGAACCAAGCAGCACGCCAGGCUGAGCUGCGGCCUCAUCUGGAUGGCCUCCGUCUCUGCCACCCUAGUGCCCUUCACCGCUGUCCAGCUACAGCACACUGAGGAGCUCUGCUUCUGCUUUGCGGAUGUCAGGGAGGUCCAGUGGCUAGAGGUCACCCUGGGGUUUGUGGUCCCCUUUGCCAUCAUUGGUCUCUGCUACUCCCUCAUAGUACGUGUGCUGGUCAAGGCCCACAAGCACCGGGGCCUGCGCCCACGGAGGCAGAAGGCCCUGCGGAUGAUCCUGGCUGUGGUCCUCGUCUUCUUCAUCUGCUGGCUGCCAGAGAACAUCUUCAUCAGCGUCCACCUCCUGCAGCAGGCACAGCCAGGGGCUGCACCCUGCACACAGUCCUUCCGCCACGCCUACCCCUUGACUAGCCACAUCGUCAACCUCGCAGCUUUCUCCAACAGCUGCCUGAACCCCCUCAUCUACAGUUUUCUCGGGGAGACCUUCAGGGACAAGCUGAGGCUGUACAUUGAACAGAAAACAAGCUUGCCGGCUCUGAAUCGCUUCUGUCAUGCUGCCCUGAAGGCGGUCAUCCCAGACAGCACAGAGCAGUCGGAUGUGAAGUUCAGCAGUGCAGUGUGAAGAGUUGCAAAGACAGAGCCAGAGGUGGCAUGCCUCCUGGGAAUAGCACACAGCCAGGGCGCGGAGGGCAGAAGGACAGGCCACGCCGUUUCUAAACCUCAGUCAGACACUGCUACGGUCUCUUCAAUGCCUCAGUGACAGUCACACUUCCUUGGUCGCUCGCCUUUGGGGCUGUUGAGGAAACCUCACUACAAGCUCUCCUUGAUUUUGCACUGCACUACAACCCAGAAACACUCACUGCAGGCCAUGGGACUCCAAUAUCAAAGGGCCACUGGUGACCAGCUUAUCUCUGGCUCCUCUUUGCACACUUAUGUCCCACAGCCAAAAGCAAUUCUUGAUGUUGUCCAACAAAAGCCAAGUGGAGAGGCCACUUAGGAUGAAAUAUCUUAGUUACGAGGUAAACCUACAAUAAAUCUGCCAUCUUGGGAGGAAAUGAAGCCUGGAGACAGAAUGCACUCACCUGAUCUACCUUGGACAUGGCAGUGUGUCUCCAUGCUAUGAUCUGUAGUUCACUAGCUAACCAGCGAACCGUAAGUCAAAGAGGAAGGGAAAAUCGUGUGCUCUCACACACCUGAGCACCCUUCGCCUCUCAGAACAGCACCAACUGCUCUGCUGCAGCCUCGCCAGGGGCAGCUCGGUCUGUAUCAGCCAGGAGGGCUCUCCCAGAAUGGGACACUCACCCACAGCUCUGAGAUGCUGUUAGUCGCUGUUUUGUUUACAACAGUCUUUGCUGUUCUCUAACGUGCAAGGAGACUGUCAGCGAGGUGCCGCAGUAAAACACUGGCUGAGUGGCUGAGAAGUCACCUCUAGGAAAAUAACAGUGGGGUCAAGGAGGUGCUGUGUAAACAUUCUCAUUAAAAUGUAAAAACAGAUAACUGGUGACUGCUGAUAAUGCUCAGCCUCUGUCAAUAAAGGGUCACGUGCUGAUUCUUCCACCUGCUCUAAGGGGCUCUAAGUGGGGUGCAGGGUGAGCACGGGUGGGGCCCUCAGAGAGAGAACCACUCCUCCACACAGAAAGCACAGCCCCGUAGCUUCACAGAACUCACUACCGGCCCAGAGAACCCUCUUAUGGGCCUACAGGUAGCAAACUGGGCAUGACCUGGAUGUCCACAAUGCCAUAGUAACACACUUGUGCUGCCUGGCACUUUGGUCUUUAGGCACCAAAACAAGUUUUAUUACAAACGCAGACGGCGGGUCUCAGUCUUGCCCAGUAUCUACAUACGUACCCUCACUUUCUAAAGGGCCCAUGCUGAGGUACUGCAGCGACUCAGGGUGCUCAGAGCCCUGGCUGGGAAGCCCUCACCCUCAUGGUACAGGCUGAGGCCUGGCCGCCACUGCUCCCACUCCUGCCUCGCCCAUCUGCAGCAGGCCCACAUCCCUGACACUACCAAGUACAGCCAGAGCAGGCCCCACAGCCCUGGACGCCAGGCGCAGUCUUCACAGAAGCACGCACAAGGAGCUGGGGCAGGGCUCCCCAAAAGAGAAAUGAACCACUUUAGUUUUAAUUAUUUUUAAUGGUUAUUUUCCACGAUACUGUUUUUUGUUUACAAUAAUUAACGUUUGAUUUAUAAAGAAAUUUAAAGGGAGGCAAUUUAAAGAAAAUAUCUAAAAUAGAUCUGGAAACCAGAUCUUGUAGAAAAAAAAAAAAAAUAUCUGGAAAGAGAACACAUGGUUAAUGGAUAUGGCAAAACUUAAGCCUAAACCAAACCAUGCAGUGAGCCUAACAA